AUGCAACUUCAAAUAAAGACAUUGUCGAAUGAAAAAUUUACUAUUGAAUGUGAAUUAUCUGAUACGGUAAGAACAAUUAAAGAAAAAAUAGCAGCAAAAGAUCUCAAGGAUAAAUAUGAAGUCGAUGGAGUAAAAUUAAUCUUCUCUGGGAAAAUCCUUGAAGACUCGAAAACACUUGAAUCUUAUUCCAUAAAUCAAGAUAGUUUUCUUGUUGUUGUUAAACAAGCCGCACCAAAAGCUCCAACAGUGGCAACAGGUGCAACUAAUUUGCCAAGCAAUGUUCCUUCAUCUGUUAGCCCACAAAAUAUACCAGCUGCUGCUGCACCACCAGCUCCAAGUUCGGUUCCACAACAACCUCGACCAACUCCAACGGAUAACCCUGCGGUUGCUUCUCAAGAUACAUUUCUAUCAGCUGAAGCACGCGAAAAAGCUUUACGUGAAUUGACAGAUAUGGGUUUUGAUCGUGGACAAGCUGAAUUAGCAUUGCGUGCAAGUUUUUAUCAUGUUGAACGUGCUGCCGAAUAUUUAAUUACAGGUACCAUUCCUAGUUUUACUGAAGCACCAGCAUCAAGUCAAGGAGGUGAGUCAGGACAAACACCUACUGGUUCAGAAAGCUCAACUGGUGGUAGAAGACCUGCUGGAGUUGAAGAUUUAUCUCAAUUGAGUCAAAGUCCACAAUUUCAAGCAUUACGUAAUUUAAUUCAACAGAACCCUGAGCAACUUCAAACGCUUUUGCAAACAUUACAAGCUACUCAACCGGAUCUUUAUCGAUUGAUUGAACAGCAGCCACAAGAAUUUCUUGAAUUAUUAAAUCAAGCUGAUGAAGGUGAUGAUGGCGGUGAUGACGAUGAUCCAUUGCAAGGUGGUGUUGGUGGCGGUGCUGGAGGUCAAGGUCCACCAGGAACAGUUACAAUAACACUUUCAGCUCAAGAUCAACAAGCAAUUAACAGAUUACAAGAUAUGGGUUUUGAACGAAACCGUGUUAUUGAAGCAUUUCUUGCUUGUGAUCGCAAUGAAGAAUUGGCAGCUAACUAUCUUUUGAGCAGCUUUGAUUAA